AUGGCCAACAUUGUCCACCACUUCCUCCCGGAUAUCGCCCUAGAAACAAGCAGCCUCCGCCACGCAGUAGCCAAGUUGUCUGAGCGAAACGAUCAAGAAAGGAAGCAGCCCCGGGAGGUCCAGGCCGAGGACGGCACCGCAGAGAGGCCAUGGCGUCCUGAUCUGUCCCCAGAUGACUCCUCAUGCCACGGCUCACAGCCCCUCUCCCAUCCAUCUGUCAAGCCGGUUUUCGACGGCAUGGGGGCCUUUGCGGACGCAACAGCUACCGAGCGUGUUGCAACGGGUUCUAGCUGGGCUGUAUUUUACCAACAAAUUCGAGAAACGCUGGCCCACAGUCGAAGGGAACUGCUUCAGACACAACCCACAUUUCUCUGCGAUACGUUUGAUGCCGAUAGAGAGUCCUUCGCUAUCCCACUCGAUUUGCCUCCUCGCGAUCUCGUCGACCAGUACUCACUCAAGUUCUUCGCAGAGGUGAACGCUGGUAACGGCAUCUUGGACUAUGCACAGUUCCAUAACGAUGUCGAAGAAGUCUAUCAGAAUAGCCCCGUGGUGACACAUGCCUCUAUGCGCACUAUUUUCCUAGUCCUUGCACUUAGCGCGCAGGGGAGGACUCGAUUGAGUAUUUUGAAAAGGCUUCUCCGUAUGCCGAAGGCUCUAUUCCAUCUCGGCCGAAAUAGUCGCAACCGAGCCUGGAUUGAUAUUGGAUGUGCUGUCCGAAUCGGGCAAUCCCUUGGUCUUCAUAUACAGUCCCCCGACGCAAACGUUUCCACCCAGACAGGUAACCACAAUAAAGUCUGGUGGGCCCUCCACAACGUGGAGACCUUUCUAUCGUGUAUGCUUGGACGUCCUCCCGGAAUUCCGCUAGAUCAUAUCAGCACUUCAAAUCCUCCUGGAGCGCUGCAUAUGCAAGACCCGUGGACCCCGCAAGACUACGCCGUGGCUUCGGUGUCUCUUACCCAGAUUAUAUCCAGUCUUCUCAGCCGUAUGUACUGGAAACAAAGCCCCGAAAACCCCAAGGUCGUCGUCAAGGACCUUUUGAACCAGCUCCAAAAGUGGUGGGACGAUUUGCCUGUGUAUCUUCGCCCGGGUCGCCCAACAGCGCCGUCAUACGUGCGCUCUCUUACCCAUUUAGGCCUUCGCUAUCACCAUGCUAUCCUUCUAUUGACUAGGCCGUACCUCCUACUCUCCGUCGACCAUAGCGCCUCUGGCGAUGAUCACUGGAAGGACUGCGUGGAAAAAUGCGAGAAUUCCAACCGUCAAUCCAUCGCCCUCUUGAUGGAGAUGGCCAAGUUGGGGCUCUUGAGCGAGCUCUCGUUCUUCGACGCAUACUACAUCAUAAGCAAUAGCGCCAUCCUAUUCUUACGCUAUUUAAAAACACCUACAACUCAGCUGAUGGCAGAAAUGAAAAGGUUCCAACCCCUCUUCCCUUUUGCUACGCGACUUGGUGUGGGCCGCUGGUCUCAGCGGGCGUUUGAAGCGCUUCUCGAAGCCACCAAGGUAUCUGACGAUCAGCAUCGGUAG